UCCCUCUUCUUCUCCCUGCACCCCACGAGCCGCAGCUGGAGAUUUCCUGAGAGAUUCCGGAGCCACCGCUGCUGUCCUCGCCGGCGCUUACGCCCUCGUCUUCUACUUUGAUAACCUCACUCGGAGAAACCUCAUCCAACAGUGGACAGUCAAUCUAUAUAAAUUUCGUCUGAUUGCAUGUUGAGCAAAAUUCUUGCUGUUUGCAUAACGGAAUAGCUGAAUGGAUUUGAAAAUGUUGAAUGUUGUUCACUGAUCAGUAUCAGAGUCCAAAGAUAAAAUAAGAUACGGAAAGUAUAUUGUUAAAGUACAACAUAUAUACUGUAGUCAGUAAUUAAUAACUAAAAGUACAGUACUACGUUGUACAAAAUUUCAACAGCCUAACUGUCAUGUGUAAUUGGGGAAAAUUGGUUUUUGUCUUGAAUGAGAGCUUUGAUCUUCUGCAGAGUAAAUUUUCUCAUGAUGUACGGUGACAGGGUGUGCAUUAACACAGAAUAAUAACAACUUAAUAUUUAAAUGGAUUUGAAAAGGAAAAUGAUAAACUACACCUAGCCACCCGUGGCUUCUCCACGGUGGCCGCCAUGGCCGCCACCAGAUUUCAACCAUUUUUAUAUUAAUUUUUAUUAAUAUAUUAUAUUAAUAUUUAUUAUUAUUAUCAAGCAUCUUAAAACCUAAUCUCAAGCUCAUCUUACGACUAUCCUCCACAAACAUUUCUCCCAUACAGUGUGGGUGGAGGAGUACGAUUAGUACAUGAUGUGGUGUUUGGUUAUAGCUAGACAUUUGCUUUGAAAUUUGAACCUGAUGCAAGGUGGAUGUUUAUUAUAAACUGAACUUAGUUGGUCCUAUGUCCUAUGACAUGAAUAUGGAAGGAAAAAUUUAUUUUCUGCUAAAAUAAAAUAAGUAAAUGGAAAAAAUGGCUAAGGUUGCAGGGGGAUUAAUGAAUUGAGAGUGACAGUGUACGCAGUCCAAGUUUUUGGAAACAAUCGCGCUGGGUGAAACUGUAUUUACUUGUUAAUGCCGUACAUUCUGCGGAAAAGAUACGUGUUCAUAUAGCGAAGUAAAUCUUAAUCAAGUCAAAAUCAAGAGAUCCAAAGGUUCUUUCAAGAGAUUAACUUCUCUUUCUACUGAUUGAGACAGAGUUUAAGCAGAAAGAUGGUCCAUGUAUUGUCUGGUCUGCUUUUCAUGGUUUCUUGGCCGAUUUUCAGCACCUCAACUGAGGCUCGCUACUUUGCUUCUUUUGUUCCUCUCGUUAAUUGCUUGAGGCUUGUCGUCCAUGGCCUCUCACUGGCUUCUGAUGAAAAGCUCAUAAAAUCGGUUACUCGAGAAGGAAAGCCAGAGGAGUUGCUUCGAGGUCCUUUGUACUAUGUCCUGGUAUUGAUAGUAUGUGUUCUUGUCUUUUGGCGCGACUCUCCAGUUGGACUGAUCUCACUUGCAAUGAUGUGCGGUGGUGAUGGUGUUGCUGAUAUCAUAGGCAGAAGAUUUGGGUCGAUGAAGCUUCCUUAUAAUCAACAGAAGAGUUGGGCGGGUAGCAUAUCCAUGUUUGGUUGUGGAUUCCUGAUUUCCAUCGGGAUGCUGUAUUACUAUUCAGUUCUGGGAUAUUUCCAAUUGGAUUGGGGAACAACAGUGCAAAAAGUGGCUCUAGUAUCCUUGGUUGCAACAGUGGUGGAGUCCCUUUCAACCACAGAUGUAGUAGAUGACAACAUAUCAGUUCCUUUAGCAAGCAUGGCAGUAGCAUUUUUCAGUUUUGGUUAUUAGCUCGCAAUCGCAGCACCCUUUUUUCUCCCUUCUAUAAAUUGCCAUACUAAUAAUAGUAGUGGCCUGAUAAUGAAUAGUGAUGUUAUUGACAUCCUGACAAGUGAGGGAGUGAUGUAUCUUUCAAUAUCCCUGAAAUCCCAGCAAAUUAAUUAUCAUCGCAA